CCCCCCCCCCCCCUUAAAAUCUCCACUGUUGGGAGCCAAUGUCGCCCUGUGGAGGCACAGGGAAGUGGACAAGCUGAGAGAGCUAGCGCAAGUGAGCUCUGUGACUCCAAGGCGCAAGAGAGGGCAAAAGAAGACAGGCGGACACGCCCCACGGCCACGUUGUUCCUUUUUAGCAGAUUUCAGACGAAUCAGAUAGCCAAGCUGUUGCCAUGUCGACGUCUUCGCUACGACGACAAGUGAAGAACAUUGUGCAUAAUUACUCUGAGGCAGAGAUAAAGGUCAGAGAAGCGACCUCUAAUGACCCCUGGGGCCCCUCCAGUUCUCUCAUGUCAGAAAUUGCAGACCUCACAUACAAUGUCGUGGCCUUCUCAGAAAUUAUGAGCAUGGUGUGGAAGCGACUGAAUGACCAUGGCAAGAACUGGAGGCAUGUAUAUAAAGCUAUGACACUGAUGGAGUACUUGAUAAAGACAGGCUCUGAGCGGGUGGCCCAGCAGUGCAGAGAGAACAUCUACGCUGUCCAGACCCUCAAAGACUUUCAGUUCAUAGACAGGGAUGGCAAAGACCAGGGAGUGAAUGUAAGAGAAAAGGCCAAACAGCUGGUGACCCUACUGAAGGACGAGGAGAGACUACGGGAGGAGAGGAUCCAUGCCCUCAAGACCAAAGAAAAGAUGGCGCAGACCACUAGUGCCUCCUCUGCUCCCUCAGCUCCAGGUAUCGGGGGAGGCAGCAUGGCUCCUCAGCAGGGGGCGGACGGGGAGCAGGCGUGGCCUCAGAGCUCCGGAGAGGAGGACCUCCAGCUGCAGUUGGCGCUGGCCAUGAGCAAAGAGGAGGCGGAGCAGCCCAAUGCUGACCCUCUGGAGGAUGCCGAUUUCACCUAUGCUCUCGCUCUCAGCCAACAGUUACAAGAAAAGGAGGAGCGUCUGCGCAGGGGAGACGACCUGAGACUGCGGAUGGCCAUCGAGGAGAGUCAGAGGGAGAAGGCCAAGCCUGAGGAGAGCGCUCUGAUGGAGUUGGGUACUGUUGACCCGUGGGGGGCCCACGCUGCCCCUCCAGCAAUGGGUUCUGCUGGGCCCUCCCCUCCCCUCUCCGCAGCCCCCGCCCCUGCCGCUGCCGCUGGGACCUGGGGCCCGGCAGACCCGUGGGGGGCAGCCACGCCCUCCUCCCCCCCUGUCGAUCCCUGGGGUGGGGGUCCACCUAAGAUAGAGCCCCCUCCAGACCCGUGGGGAGACUCCUCCAGAGCCAACUCAGACCCUUGGGGAUCAACAACUGUGACCCCUCCCAGUGCGGACCCUUGGGGGACCUCAUUGGCCCCAGCCCAGAUCCCAGUAGCUUCCGGGUCAGGUGACCCCUGGGCUGCCGACGGGCUUGCCCCUGUCAUUGACUCCCUCACCUCUGACCCCUGGAGCUUCCCCACCAAACAUACCAAUGGCACAGGAGAUCCGGAGAGAAGAGGCUCUUUUGGAACAGCCGGAGAUGGGAGCAAAGGUAGCACGGGCUCUCCGGUGCCCUUUGACCUCUCCUCUCUGGGCUCAUCUCUGCCUGUGAGGAAAACGCCAGAGUCUUUCCUGGGGCCCAACGCUGCACUUGUGGACCUGGAUUCUCUGAUCUCCUCCAAGCCCAAACCCAAACAGCCCCCUCCCUCUCUCUCCAACUCCUCCACCAACAACCCCUUCCUACAGACACGGGGCUCAUCCCCAGCCCCUGGUAUGGCUGUGACCCCAGGUAGCACCAUCUCCAGCAGGGGGGUUUCCCCCACCCCUCCUCCUACUUCCAAUCCCUUUGGCGCGUCCUCCAUGGCAUCCAUCUCCCCACAGCCAUCCUCGCUUGGCCUGAGCCAGAUGCGCACCAGCCCGGUCCCACCUAACCCCAUGUUGGGUCACAUGCCACCCCCAACACUGGGAAUGGUUCAGCCUGGGAUGGGCAUGCAUGGGAUGGGAGUCUCUAUGGCGGCCCCUGGCAUGGGUAUGGGAAUGGUGCAGUCCAGCCCGAUGGGAAUGCCCUUCGGUGGGAUGUCCCCCAUGGCCCCACCUGGGAAUGCCCACUUUAUGGGCGCUGGAGGACCAGGCCAGCCUCCAUUGAUUUUGGGCGGGUCAACAGGGGUGGGCGGAGUGAUGGGUGCUGGGGGAUCUGUGGGUGGAGGCGGGGCCACCGGAGCGAGCACCAAUCCCUUUCUUCUCUGAGGGCUUUCACCACUCCCCCUGCACCCUCCACAGCCCAAGCCCCUCAUCACAAACAGUUUAUGUGUCUGAAGAAAAAAAAAAAUACAAAAUUACGUGUACAUCUCUAUAUUUAAAAGAAAACAAGAAAAGAAAAAAAGAAAUUGUUAUUUUUCUUUCACAAAAAAGCAUUUCAAUUUUAUGUUUUAUUUUUUUUGUUUUUUGUUUUUUUUUCCUAGAGUGGAAUGCCGAAGGUUGAGAAGUGUUUAUUUAUUUAAUUUCAAAAUCAUUUAAAUUAUUUUUCUUUUUUUCCAGUCUGAUUGGGCAGUAGAGCGGGUGGAUGAUGGGGGUUUAAUCAGUGUAGGACACCACUGUAGUAUGCCAUCAUCAAUCCUGCACAGGCGUGAUCAAGUGAUUGAGAGACUGAUGAGUGGUGGGAGAAGAGCGGGUCGAGCGUAGCCACUAAAACAAAACAAAACAAAACAAAACUGAUCGUGAUCACACACACCCUCGCCGUCUUGUCUCUCCGGGGGAGUAUCAGAAGGAGUGAAACACUGAGAUUAAAAGAGUGCAUGAAGGAUGGAUGGAACUAAACUCACAGCGACAUUUCAGGCAAAAUUCUGGUUGAGAUCAUUCAAUGGCUGUAUUAUUUUAAGAUCUUAUUUAAUGUUUAAUGUAAUUUAUUUUAAUUUUUUGUACUCUAGGGAACAAGGAAAAUCACACUGAACUAUGCCAUUAAAUGAGCGGCCUGUCUUUCCUCUUCCCUUCAACAUUUCUGUGUAACAAUCAAAAAAAAGAAAAUGUGAUUUUAACAUUUCAUGAAUUGAGGGGAAAAUGGAAAAUUGUUUGUGUGUGUGUGAAUGUGUUGCUGUAUCCGAGUGAGAGCAAAUGGAUUUUAGCAUGUGUGGGUGUAUGUUUGUGUAUAUACGUCUGCACUUGCGUUUCUAUGUGCAUUUCCAUUAGCCCAACCUCCUGGCUCACUACAGUCACUUGAAAGGCGAAAUACAACAUGAAUUGUAUUUUUUUUUAAAGUCACUUUUUCAAUGCUUUGUAAAUGUGGGGAUUAAAAGAAGGUAUUAUAAAAGGUCCCAUUUUAUUUUCAAUUAUUAUUUAGUUUUUUCUUCCCCUCUGGAUUUAUUUUGAAGACUACGUUUCUCCCACUGUCAUGUAUGCAGGGCACCCUGUACUCCAGUCUAAGCAUGUGGUGAGCACACGCUUUUUUUCUCCUGCUGGUGUGAUACAAGAAGGAGAAACUAAAAUGCUUGUAUAAAAACAGAUGAUCAUCUGAAUUAAAAGUAAAAAAACUAAAAAAAUUAUAAUAAAUUUUAAGUGCGGGA